AUCGGGCCGGGUCGGAACAAGUUUAGUCGCGCGCUCUCUCACCCAUCACUACUUGUCGUGCCACCAGAAGAAAGUGGUUGGAACAAGACAAAAAACGGAAUAAAAAGAACACCAGAAAAACACAGAUGAAUUAACACAAGCCUACCAUGCUGGACACACUCAAAUUCUUCCUGUUCGUCAUCCUGCUGCUGAUUACGAUCCUGCUGAACCAGAAUGUCAUAUCGAAGAAGUCGGGCGAGCGAGACCUCAGCCAAUUUUGGCGCCUCGAAAACUCCAACGGAACGCUCAAAAUGGAAAACCAGUCCAUCCCCUCCGGUGUCUACACUGCCCUCGAGGCCGCCCUGAUCAUCGAGUCCAUCCUGGACCACAAGAACGACCUCACCACCAAGUGGAUCGCCCUGGACAACUGGACGUACACGCUGGAUGUAGCUUGUGACGUGCAGGAUCUUAACUUUACCAACGUUGUGCUAACGCUUCAUGGAGUUGACACGUUUGCCGAUGUCUACCUGAACGACGAGUUGCUCGGCUCGACGGACAACAUGUUCGUCCGGUACCGGUUCAACGUGCGCAGGCAGCUUCGCCACGAGUGUAAAACUACCAGCAAACUUCGGAUCGAGUUGAAAUCUCCGGUAACGACGGCGAAAGCGCUGUCCGCAAAGCACGAACAGCUCAAGAUUGUGCCGGAGUGUCCGCCGGAGGUCUACAACGGCGAGUGUCACGUCAAUCUGAUCCGCAAGAUGCAGGCCAGCUUCGCGUGGGACUGGGGACUGGCGGCACCGUCGAUGGGCAUCUGGAAGCCGGUUCGGUUGGAGUUUUACGAUUCCGCCAAGGUGCGGGACGUGACGUUCGUGCUGAGCGACGAGGAGACGGAGUGGAGUGUGCGGAUUGGGGUACACCUGGAGACGGGGACGGUGGCAAGGCGGGUGAAGGGGACGUUGACGUUUAAGCUGUUAGGGAUUGAGAUCGAUAGUCCGGUGAUCACCGUUGAUGAGACGAGCAACGAGGCUGGAGAACUGUUCGUCGAAGGUAGCAUGAUCGUGGCGAAGGAAGCCGUCAAGCUGUGGUGGCCCAACGGGUACGGACGUCAAACGCUGUACAACCUGUACGUCAAGUGGGAGGACGACCUGAUCAACAGCAUCCAGCUGCGCGAUCGUGACACCAUGAUUUCCGAGAAGAUCGUACGGGUUGGCUUUCGGAGUGUUCAGCUGCGUCAGGAAAAGGCCAACGAUCGCGGGUUGAUGUUCUACUUUCUGGUGAACGAGAUCCCGAUCUUCAUGAAGGGUUCCAACUGGAUACCUUCAUCGGUACUGCCGGAAAGUUCGUACGACGAGAACUACGUCAAGUUCCUGCUGUACGCGGCUCGUGACGCCAACAUGAACAUGCUGCGAGUUUGGGGCGGAGGAGUCUACGAAAGCGACUACUUCUACCAGCUGGCGGACGAGCUUGGUAUCCUGAUCUGGCACGACUUGAUGUUCGCUUGCUCGACCUAUCCAGCGGACGCUGGAUUCCUGGAAAACGUCAAGCUGGAGGUACGCCAGAACGUCCGGCGGAUCCAGCAUCACCCAAGCAUAGCCCUGUGGGCUACCAACAACGAGAACGAAGUCGCGAUCCAGCAAAACUGGUACGGCACCAACGGGAACAAGAACCUCUACGUCGAGGACUACAAGAAGCUGUACGUGGAGACGAUCGCGCCCGAAGUCGAGCGGGAGGACAAGUGGCGAACGGUGCUGAUAUCUUCGCCCUCGAACGGCAAGAAGUCCGUCGAAGACGGGUACAUCUCGGCGAACCCGCAGGAUCCGUUGUACGGAGAUGUGCACUACUACAACUACGACCUGGACGGCUGGAAUCCGAUCGUCUACCGCGGAGGUCGCUUUGUCUCCGAGUACGGCUACCAGUCCUACCCAGCGUACACCAGCUGGCCCGUCCGGGUGCUGAACAACGAGGAGCUAGCCGACCUGAUCAACCAUCGACAGCACAGCCCACUUCGCAACGCACCAAUCAAAACCAUGAUCGAGAAGAACCUCCCCAUGCCCCUGGAAACCAGCCCCAACUACUGGCGCGACAUGAUCUACCUCAGCCAGGUCUCGCAAGCGAUGAUCGUCAAAACGGAAACCGAAGUGUACCGCUCCAAGCGGCUCGAGCACGGCACCAUGGGAGCCCUGUACUGGCAGCUGAACGACGUGUGGAUCGCUCCUUCCUGGUCCAGCAUCGAGUACGGCGGCAAGUUCAAGAUCCUCCACUACUGGAUGAAAGAAAUGCUCGCCGCGCACCACGUCGUCGCGUACAUCAACACCCUCAAGCGGCUAGACCUGUACGCCAUCCGCGACACCCUGGGUCCCGACGAGCAGUGGAAGAUCGAGGUGAACAUCCACCGCUGGGACAGCUUCAUGCCCGUCGACAAUCUCACCUACGACGCGAUCACCGUCCCGGAAAACACCGUCGUCAAGGUCGACUCGUACGACAUCUACGAGCACCUCCACAAGAAGAACCUCGCCCCGAAAGAUCACCUCCUCCUCAUCAACCUGUACCGCAACGGCGUCAAAGAGGCGGAGAACUUUGUCUUCCUGGACAAGGUCAAGAACGCCGCACAGCUCACCACCAGCCCGAACGUCAAGCUGACGCUGGCGACGGUCAGCUGCAAUCCGGCCAACAGUAUCAUGCGCGUGAGCAUCGAACUCUCGGUCAGCAGGCCGGUGGCGUUCCUGUACAUGGAACUGACGCCGGAAAACAGUGCCCUCAAGCAGUGUCAGUUCUCGCGCAACGGGUUCCUGCAGUUUAGCCCCAUCCAGACGGUGUACAUGCAGUGCGUCGAUCCGGGCUGCAAGUCGAAGCUGGCGAGCAGUGAUAUCAGCACGUUGAGUGUUAAUCGGUUGAUGAAUAAAUAGUUGGUAAG